AUGGGUCUCACCUUCUCGUCCAUGUUCUCCAGGCUGGCGUUUUGGAACAAGAGCGAAGAGGUCAGGAUACUCAUGCUCGGACUCGAUAGCGCGGGUAAGACGACAAUCCUAUAUCGCCUUCAGCUUGGAGAGGUGGUCUCUACCAUCCCGACCAUCGGCUUCAACGUCGAGACGGUGACAUAUAAGAACAUCAAGUUCCAGGUGUGGGAUCUCGGUGGACAGACGUCGAUUCGACCAUAUUGGAGGUGCUACUACGCAAACACCACAGCCAUCAUCUACGUGAUCGACUCUUCAGAUACAGACCGACUCGACACAGCGAAAGCAGAGCUCCUGGCCAUGCUCUCAGAGGAAGAGCUGAAAGACGCGAAGCUGCUCGUCUUCGCGAACAAGCAGGACUUGCCAGGCGCCUUGAAUGAGGGUGAGGUCAGCGAGAAGCUCGGGUUGAGCUCGCUCAAGGAUCGUCAAUGGUCGAUACACAAGUGCUGCGCAACCAAGGGCGAGGGCCUGGAAGAAGGCCUUGACUGGCUCGUGACCACACUACAAGCCAAGUAA